CGGAGCCGGCCCGGGCCCGCCCCUUCCGCGCCGGCGGCGCGAUGGAGGCCGGCGUGGCGGCGGGGCCGGAGGCGGCGGCGAGCGAGGCGGAGGCGGCGGUGGCGGCCGAGGCGCUGCGGCUGCUGCGGAUCGAGCCCUCGGCAGCGGGCGAGCCCGGCGCGGGGAGGGCGGGCGGCGCGGCGGGGCCGUGCUCGAGGAACGCGCUGCGGAAGCGGCGGCGCUGGCAGCGGGUUCUCGCCGCCCGGCGCGGGAAGCGGCGGCAGGAGCGGCAGCGCCGGCGGGCACGGCGGGCAGCGGCGGACGGGGACGGCCGGAGAGCGGCGCUCGGCAGCGGCCCCGGCGGGCCCGGGCCGCCCUCCCUCCGCCGCGGCAGGGUCCCGGCUGCCCUGGCCGUGGAGCGGCUGCUGGAGGCGCGGGCGGCGGGGCCGCGGCUGUGCGUGGAUCUCGGCGUGGGCGGCAGCAUGACCGAGAAGGAGAGUGGCCGCCUCGCCUCCCAGAUCCGGAGGCUCUACGGGGCGAACCGGCGCGCCGCUCGGCCCUUCUGGCUGUGCCUGACCGAGUUCGCGGCCGGGACGCCGAUCUACGAGCAGUGCUUCCGCAUGAACGACGGCUUCGCUGGAUACCUGAUGGAUACAACUCCAGAGAGUUACCUGGACCUGUUUCCUUUGGAGGCCAUUGUUUAUCUCACUCCUGACUCUGAGAAUGUCCUCGAAGACAUCGAUCCGGACAAAGUGUACGUGCUGGGAGGGCUGGUGGAUGAGAGCAUUCACAAGCUGACCCUGCGCAGGGCACGGGAGCAGUGCCUGCAGACAGCCCGGCUCCCCAUCCGCGAGUACAUGGUGAAAGCCCCCAAUUCCAGGAACUACCACUCCGAGACGCUGGCCAUCAACCAGGUCUUUGAUGUCCUGUCCACCUACUAUGAGACACGGAGCUGGCCAGCAGCUCUGCGGGCUGGAGUUUCUUCUGGGAAAGGCUACGUGCUACCGGAUACAGCAGAACAGGUGGAAACACCCCAGUGCGCCACUGCUGCCCAAGAAAACUCUUUAUUUUGUGCUGAGGAGCUGCACAGGCAGGAAGCACCAGCGUGACUGUGCCCAGGAGACAGCUGUUUCCAGCAGUGUGAGGACCUUGUUGGAGCAACACCUUCUACCUCAGGAAUGCAGUACUGGACAUUCCCUGUGCCCCUGAGCAGGAAAGAAAAGCUGGUGGAGCCUGGAAUCAAGUGAAAACUGACAGGAAUUCAGUUUUGCUUCUUUGCAGCUGUUUGUGACUCCUGCACCUACAUGUGUGCUGGGAUGGGGAGGAGAGCUUUAAGGUGUUUUCCUCAUUUUAUUGAAACAGAGAGUAAGGUGAAGUUAGGAUUGCAAAGCAUAUGGGCAAGGAAAACCCCCUACCAUGGGACAGGACAGUGCUGUUCCUGCAGGAGAAUGCGGGAUGGGGAGCUGCUCCCAAGGACACUCUGUCCCAACAGCUUAAAUGCAGUGAAGACUAGGUGAGUUGUUGAAGCCUUUGGCUAGUUGUACACAUCUAAUAUAAAAUGAAAGGUUUAGAUCCCCAUUGUGUCCCUACAGUUACUGCUAAGUGGUACCUUGUCACACCUGACCCCCAUGUCCCUGCUGGGAGGUAGCUGGGCUUGGCUGUGCCCUGCACAGAGCAGUGCCACGUGCCACAGCCACAGCAGAAAGUGUGUUUGGUGCAGCUGAGUCCAUACAUUACCUCAGCCACUGCUGCCAAAAGCGCCCUAAAACCUCAUGGCCAGUGGCAGCAGGACCUGAAGGUCACCUGAGGUAAGUUUGGUUAUGUGUUUUCAUUCCUCUCUCACAGCAAGGCCCUUUCACAGCCCUGGGGCUUGUGUCCCAGUUCGUGUGACAGUGGCUCUGCAGGAGCAGCUGGGGGCUGUUGUGGUUUAACCCAAGCCAGGGGCUUGCCCUGAGGUUAAGCCACGACAGGGGCUCCGAGUGUCACUGUUGGCCAGUGCCUGUUGCUGUGGCCUGGUGGCUCUUGGCAAGCUGCACGUGGAGACGAUCCCCUUCAGUGUCCCAGAGCCAGGGGACAGUCCUGUGCCCACGGUGCCUGGCAGAGGUGGUGCUAUCAGCUGUGCUAUCAGCUGUGCCCCUCAGCUGACCCCCUGGGCUGCAGCAGCAGUUCCUUGGGGAAAGGCAGCCAUCCUCAAUAUCCCCAGGCUGGACCUCAGCAGUGAGGGACUAGCCUCUGCCCCUCCAUCUAAGGCUGCUGCAGUGCUGCCCUGCAGGGAUGCACAGCCAAACCCCCUUCCACCUCUCGCCUGGCCAGGGCGAGCCGCACCUGCCGGAGGGGAACAGGGCUGGGGGAGCCCGUGGUGGUCCCUGCACAGCUCUGACUGCAGCAUCAGAGGGGCUGGCCCUCUCUUCUGGCAGACACAGAGCUGGGGGCCGCUCCGAGGGUGGGGUGGGAGCUCACAGGAGCUGUCACUGGCCAGCAGAGCCGAGCAGCUGCUGGCACAGGAACCGCACGGAGCGGCAGGAGCGGCUCUGCUGCCACCCCCGCUGGGGCCACCCUCUCCGGCUAAGGAAAAGCAACUGAAGAUGGGAUCACGGCGGUCCCUUGGCCACAGAGGGUGGAGAAAGCCACCUGGGGGCCUUCACAUCCGGACAGGGUGGGGUUUGAUGUUCCUUCAGUCUAGAGCCAGCCUGGGGAGACGAGUGAGUGAAAGGCAGGCUGAAAGAUUUGCACUCUUCCCCAUGGGUGACGAAGAAGCUGAGGGAACACCAUGAGACUGCCCAUCUGCACAGCCCGUGGGAGGCAAGGCACGAGCCCUGGCCUGCCUGUCACAGCCACGGGGAUGCCCUGAACUGCUGCAGCAGACAGAAGAUGGCAGCUGCUAGGGCCGUGUGCUGGCGGGCAAGGAGCUUGGUGCCCAGCUCAGGGCAGACCUGCCCAUGGAGCUGCUG